AUGGCCUUCGGGAGCAGCGAUGCUCCCGACCACAGUGAGGACGACGGCGACCCCCCCCCCCGGGCAGGAGCGCCAGCCAGAGCGGGAAGACACCACCCUUACGCUCUUCUUCCCGCUGCCCCCCACGUUCCAGUGCUGCGAGGAUGGCUGCGCGGCUGCCUACAACCCUGCGGUCUGGACGUCGCGCCGCCAGUCCCUUCAGCGGCACCUGGAGGCGGAGCACGGCGUGCGGAUCCGGCGGACUGUCAACGUGUGCACCAUCUGCGGCGACACGCUGGGCCUUCGGCCUACAACGCACGCCUGCCUGGUCAACCGGCCAGCCGGUGCCCCUCCCCCUGCUCACCGGCACCAGUGCUCAACCUGCUCGAGGUCCUUCACCACACGGAGGGGCCUCCAAAACCACGAGCAGAGGCACAGGAGGGAGGAGGCGCUGGCCAGGCAGAAUGCCGCCGCAGGUGCACCGCCCACCCGCAGCAGCACCAACGGUCCGCCACAGCAACCCGACAGCAGCGCCACACCUGCGGACAGUACCGGGACCUCUUCCCCUUCACAGCAGGCCUCGCCCGGACCGGUCACUGCUCCGGAGCCGCCCUCGCAGGUGGCCACCCCUUCCCCCGCUGGAGUGGGGAGGAGGACCUUCCGGGCGAGCUGGACCAACCACAGCAGGACACCGUCUCACCCACCUCGAGCACCGCCUCGGAGAACCUUUCCCAGGUGGCUCCGCCCACCCCCUUGCUGAGCGGUGCCGAGGACCAGACGGGCGAGCCUGCUGACCAGGCAGCGGACACGAGCUCCUCAGACCAGUACGAGAGUCCUGCAGCAGAGGACCCGCAGGAGCUCACAGGGCAGACCGCGGGGCCAGCCGUCGAGAGACCAGCGUCUCCCGAGGCGACGGCACCCCGCGGGAACGACCAGGGCGACGGCAGCACGUACGGCACGCAGGAGGAAGCAGCCGACUCCAUGGGACCAGAGGGCGGUGCUUCAGUCCUGGCGGAGGAGACGGCGGAGCUGCGGGCGUUAAGCCGGUUACCUGUGGCAGACGAGCAGUGGGCGCGGUUGGAAGACAUCCUGGACCGCGCCGAGGCAGCCGCCACCGAACACCUGCGGCUGCCGAAUCGGGGCUCGCGCCAAACACCACCACGGCGCGAGAUUAACCCCGAUAACGCUGCUAUAAUACAGGGUCUCUACAGGAGGAACCGGCGCCGGGCCGUCCGGCUGAUUGCGGAGGGCCCUUCGCAGCUCUGCCCGAUCGACCCAGGCACCCUGCACACCUUCUACACCCGUCUCUGGUCCCCAGCAGCAGUGGACACGACACUCCUCAGGUCAAGAGCCCCCACCAGCGAGGAACUGGACACGUGCCCCUUUCUGCCCGACGAAGUCGCAGCCAAGCUCCGGAGGUGCGAAAGUACAGCUCAUGGGGAGGACCGCCUGACCUACCACCACUGGAGGCAGGUGGACCCGGACGGGCGGUACCUGGCGGCGGUAUUCAACGUCUGCCUCCUAUACCGCCGCACACCCCAGAGCUGGAAGUCGACGAGGACGAUCCUGAUCCACAAGAAGGGCGACCGCGAGGACCCCACAAACUGGCGACCCAUUGCCCUUGGUCGAACGAUCGCCAAACUGUAUGUCGGGUGUCUUACCACCCGGCUGCAGCGGUGGUUGGGCGACCAUGCGGUACUGGCCAGGUGUCAGAAGGGCUUCCUGCCGCACGAUGGGGUGUUUGAACACAACUUCGUGCUGCAGGGACGCCUGGACGACGCCAGGACGGGAGGUGGGGAGCUGUGCGUGGGGUUCCUGGACUACGCAAGAGCCUUUGGCUCGGUCGCCCAUCAGGCCCUCGUCGAUGCUGUCCGCGGCGCCGGCGCGGGGGAGGCCUUCUCCGAGAUCGUGGAGGAGCUCUACCGCGCCAACACCACCUGCGUCGUGGCAGCUGCAGGCACCACGGAGCCAAUUCCCAUCGGAGCCGGUCUAAGGCAGGGCUGUCCGUUGAGCGGCCUGCUGUUCAACUUGGUGGUGGAUCCGGUCAUCAGAGCGGUGCAGGGAGGCGAUAAGCAGCACAACAUCCUUGCUUACGCCGAUGAUCUGACACUGCUCGCCAAGGACCCCGCCACCUCCUUGCAGCGCCGUCUCAACAUGGUGACGGCUCUAUCGGACCGGCUCAAGCUGCGACUUAAGCCCGCCAAGUGCCGAACCCUCCAUCUGUCCGGGCGCUACCCGGUGGGCACACGGCCCAACACCUUCACCGUAGGGAGCGACCCGGUCCCGGCACUGGCGGACUUCGAGGGGCACCGGUUCCUGGGGCGACCUGUGGGGUUUAGGGUGCUACCGGACCAGACGACGGUCGACGAGGCCAUCCAUCUCGGCAGAAAGCUGCUCUCCUCAAUGCUCGCCCCGUGGCAGAGGCUGGAUGCAAUCAAAACAUUUCUGUAUCCAGCCCUCAACUUUGCCAUGCGGGUGGGCCUCGCCAGCAAGGGAGAGUGGCAUCGCUUGGACGAGGAGCUUCGCCCGCUGAUCAAGAAGACCCUGUACGUGCCGGCUAGAGCGUCGAACGAGUACGUGUACGGGAGCCCACGUGCCGGCACUGCAGAUAUCCCUCUUGCGGCGGAGCUCAGCGACAUCUGCCGAGUGGACGGGGCCUUCAAGCUCCUGUCGUCGAUCGAUCCGGAGGUCCGGGAGCGAGCGAGGGAGGAGCUCCACCGGGUAGUGUCGAGGCGGCUACGGCGAGAGGCGGAGACGGAAGACAUCGAGGCCUACCUUUCGGGCGACACGGAGGGCGACUUCCGGCAGACUGCGACGCAACUCCAGUCUGUCUGGACGGAGGCCCGCAAGGCCUCCCGUCGCCUGACUGUCGCCUGGGAGAUGUUUGAGCAGGGCGCCCGCAUCACCUGCGGGGAGGCCUUGGUGUCAGCGCGGAACCGCAACAAGCUGGUGAAGACCCUCCGGGCCAUCCUCAACCAGGUCCGGGACCGUUCUCUCCAGGACAAGCCGAACCAGGGCAAGGCGAUGGCGUGCGUAGCGGCGGACCCCGCCAACUCACACUUCAUGCGGUCCGGCCGCUACACCCGCUUCAAGGAGUGGCGCUUCAUCCACCGGGCCCGGCUAAACCUCCUCCCUCUCAACGGCACACGCACCUGGGUACCCGCAGCAGACAAACGGUGCCGACGCUGCGGGUACGGGGAGGAGACACUGCCGCACGUGCUUUGCCACUGCAUGCGGCAGAGCCUGCCAUGA